GAUUCAGUGGUUAUUAUCGAUUUUCUCCUAAAACUGAUCAAAAUUCGUGAAAUUCUCGAGUGAAACUUGCUAAAAAGUGAUUUCCCGGCCACGAUGGCUUCCAUGUUCGACCAAUACUCGUCGGCGCUGGUGCGGGAAACGAGCACCGCUCCAGAACCGCCCAGCCAGCCCCAAUCGUCGGGCUACGUCACGGUCCGCACCAAGAAGGAGAUUCCGAUCUUCGCGAAGCAAAAGAUGAACCUGAAUCUGCCGACUGGGAUACUGCAUCUGUCGGUGCAGAACGAUUGGGUUAUUAUUUUGAUGACGAAUAUGACCAUCUUCCGGUUGAACAUCAAGCAGCCGGACCGGUUCACGGAGGUUCCGAUUGACAAGUACGUUGGGGGGUUGAAACCGACGGGGUUGUUUCUGGAUCCGCUCGGGGCGCACGUACUGGUGACGUUUGUGCCGAAAUCUCCUGGGUUUACGCCGGAAGUGAUUUAUCUGCCGCGGACCAGCUUCAAGCCAAAGUUUGUGGCCAAGUUGAAGGACCAGGAGAUAACGGCGGUCGGGUUUAACUAUUCGAACAAUUCGGAGAGCUCGACGGGGCCGAUCUUGCUGGGGACCAGCAAGGGGACCAUCUGGGAAGCGGACAUUGGGGUCGACGGCGGGGACAAGCUCAUCCAGCAGAACCUGCGCCAGGUGUUUGACGUGGGAACGGGCGGGGACGCACGGCCAAUCAGCGGCAUCGAGUUCCACAUGCGGCAGGACCACCGGAACAUGCACUGCAUCAUUCUUGUGCUCACCCUGGACCGAAUCUACACGUUUCACGAGACGAUCCGGCAAGCAGAUUCCAAAAUGACCUUUGGCCAACUUCAACGAGUGUUCAGCUCCUACCUGAACAUCCCGGAACAACUAAACGACUACGAGCACGUCAUCAGCAAGCUGAACUACUCCCGGCUCGCAUUCAACUACGAGGAGGACUUCCCCAAAAGCUUCGGCUGCCUGACCGAGGACGGCAUCAACUUCCAGGAGAUCGACCCCAAAAUGGACACGCCCCAAUUCGUCGUGCAGAAAGAGCUCAUUCCGUACCCCUCCCAGGAGGACGGUUCCACCGCCGGGGCUGACGGUCAGCAGCCGGACAAUUCGUCGUACAAGGUCAAACCAAAGUGGUCCAACACGCCGCUGUCGUUUGUGCUGACGGAUUUCCACGCGAUUCUGCUGUACACGGACCACGUGACGGCGAUUUCGUUGCUCAACUAUCAGGUCGUGUACGAGGAGUACUUUGUCGAGCAGUACGGGAAGUUGGCCAACGUGGUGAAGGAUGUGCGGUCGAACGUGACGUACGUUUACAGCAACAAGAUGAUCUUUCGGUAUAAGAUCAUCAACGAGCAGCGCAACGCGUGGCGCCUGUACGCGGACCGCCAAAAGUUCGACCUCGCGCUCCAAUACUGCAACGACAACCCCGCACACCGGGACAUGGUCCUGGUCAAGCAGGCCCAAUCCCGGUUCGACCUGGGCGACUACCUAGAAGCUGCUCGUAUCUACUCCGACACUCAGCUGAGCUUCGAGGAGGUCUGCCUGCGGUUCAUAAACGGCGGCCAGAACGACGCGUUGAUGCUUUACUUGAAGAACCGGUUGGCGCGGCUAAAGUCGCAGGAGAAGAUGCAGAUCACGAUGCUGAUCGUGUGGAUGGUGGAGCUGUAUUUGGUGGAGAUUUCGCGGUGUGCGGUUGAUAGUCCGGAGCGGGAGCGGGAGUUGCAGAAGGAGUUUGACGCGUUCAUGCAGACGGCGAUCGUGAUCGACUGUAUGAAGAAGAAUCGGGCGGUGAUUUAUGAUUUGAUGGCGUCGCACGGGGACAGUCACAAUUUGACGGCGCUGACGACGAUCCACCGGGAUUACGAGAGUGUGAUUCAGCAGUACGUGAACCAGGGCCGGUUUGAGGACGGGUUGGCGGUGCUGAGGGCGCAGAGUCGGCAGGAGUUGGUGUACAAGUAUGCGCCGGUGUUGAUGGAGGAGUUGCCGGGGGAGACGAUUAGCGUGUUGAUUGGGCAGGGGAAGCGGCUGGAUCCGGUCAAGUUGAUUCCGGCGUUGCUUUGUUUGGACAGUCCGAAGCACGUUUCGGAGAUUGUCAAGUAUUUGGAGUUUUGCAUCCACUCUACCGGAUGUUCCGACGCCGCCAUCCACAACUAUCUGAUCCAGCUGUACAGCGAGCACUUCCGGGACAAACUGCUAACCUUCCUCGAGACCCAGGGCAAGGACAUCACCAUGAUCAGCUACGACGCCCACUACGCACUUCGAAUCACCCUCAACCACAAAAUCCAGGACGCCAGCGUCUUCCUCCAGUGUCUGCUCGAGCAGUGGGUCCCCGCCGUCGAAGCCGCCCUCUCCUUCGACACCCAACUCGCCAAACUGACCGCGUCCCAGCCCACCGACCAAACCCUGCGCAAAAAGCUCUGGCUCCUGAUCGCCGAAAAGGAAAUCCGCGGCAAGCACGAAAACGUCCAAGAAGCGCUCCAAAUCCUCAAAGAGUGCGACCUCCUCCGCAUCGAGGACCUCCUCCCCUAUUUCUCCGACUUCCAGAAGAUCGACCACUUCAAGGAAGCCAUCUGCGAGUCCCUCAAAGAGUACAACGUCAAAAUCCAGGAGCAGCGCAAGGACAUGGAAGACUCGGCCAAAUCCGCCGAGCGCGUCCGCGCCGAACUGCAAACCUUCCGCAACCGGUCGGUCACGGUCGGCGCCCAGGAACAGUGCGCCAUCUGCGGCGUCUACCUUCUACUCAAACCGUUCUUCAUCUUUCACUGCGGCCACAAGUUUCACGGCGACUGCCUCGAGCGGCAAAUCGUGCCGCAACUUGACGCGGAAGUGGUGCACCACCUGAUGAACCUGAAGCAGCAGCUGACGGUGGCGCAGCAGCAACUGAAUCAUCCAGGGGUGGACUCGGUGGAUGCCGUUACAAAUAGCAAGGAGCAUUUGAAGGCGCAGAUUGAGGAUAUUCUCGCGUCGGAUUGUUUGUACUGCGGGGAGGUGAUGAUCAGGACGAUUGAUAAGACGUUUAUCGAGAACUGGGAGAAGGUGGAUAGUGAUUGGCAGUGAGAGGAGAAUGUUAUUAAUUACUCACAUCGUAUUUAAUUGUAUUUUUUAUGCAAAUAUAUUAUGCAUUAUAGUUCAAACUUGAAGUGAAA